UCCUACAUCAAACAACCACCAAAGUUACUACACAAAAAUGGAGAGAAAGUCCAUUUUCCUCCUCCUCCUCUUCCUCCCUUCCUUAACUUUCUCUCUAAUUUCUUCACCACCACGCCCAAACCUCUGCCACCCAGACGACGAAAAAGUCCUCCUCAAGAUCAAAGAUUACUUCCACAAUACAAGCCUCUUCUCAACCUGGAUCCCACACACAGACUGUUGCAAAUGGCGUAUAGUCUCAUGCAAGAAAAUCCCAAAAACAACCAUCCAUCGUGUCAACUUCCUUGAGAUAGAUGGCGCUGAUGAUCUUGUCGGUACAAUCCCGCCACUCAUCGCCGAUCUACCUUACCUCGAGACCCUCAUUUUUCGCCUCCUCCCUAACCUAACAGGUCCUAUUCCUCAAGCCAUUGCAAGACUGCCUCACCUUAAAUUUGUCCUCCUUAAUUGGAACAACCUAACUGGUCCUAUCCCUGAUUACUUUAGCAAACUUACCAAUUUAGCCACCUUAGGGCUUAAUAACAACCAAUUAACCGGUCCAAUUCCUGCUUACCUCGGCCGCCUUCCUAAACUCCAAGGACUAGACUUGUACGACAACCAUUUAACCGGUCCAAUACCGGACAGCUUCGGAUCAUUCAAGGCCGGUUCUCAGGUCACUUUGUCCAACAACAUGUUAUCCGGACCAAUCCCAAGAUCGUUGGGCAAAGUUAAUUUCAGUAUUUUCGAGGCUGCUGGGAACCAGUUGACCGGUGAUGCGUCUUUCUUGUUCGGGGAAAGUAAGACUGAGUUGGCUCAUCUGGACUUGUCGCGAAACAAGUUGUCAUUCGACCUCUCUAAGGUGGUAAUGCCAGUGGGACAACUGGAAUCGAAUUUGCUUGUCUUACGGUUGGAAAAUAACAUGAUAUACGGAAAGUUGCCAGCUUGGUUAGGCCAAGCGUCAUUGUUGUACGACUUCAAUGUGAGCUACAACCAGCUUUUCGGUCCUAUACCGACAGUUGGAGGGAAGUUGCAAGAGUUUGAUCCAUCGUCGUUUUCGCAUAAUAAGGGCUUGUGUGGUUCUCCUUUGCCUCCUUGUAAGCAGGGCCGUCCCGGCUCCAUAGAGCUCUUCGCACUUGCUCAAGAAAGGGCCUCCUUGUAAGUGAAAUUAGUACUCAAUCGGUUACACAUUUAUCGGCCUCAUAUAACAUGGGGCAUUUAUAAGAAAAUGUGUUAAAAUAAUAGUAAUAAUGUUGGGGGUGUGGAACUCUUUUUUAGAGUAAGGGUGGUAUGAGAUUCUAUCUAGCUUCAACGAGAGAUUCUAUCUAGCUUCAACGAGAGUUUGUUAGGAUUCUCUUUCACCAAUUUGAUGUAGCGAUGAGCAAAAUAUGAAUGACAUAUCCAUCAGCAAAAGAAAUAACACAUGUUCUGAUGGCAAUGAAAAUAA